CUGCAAACCGACAAUGGAACAGAAUUUUAUAACGAUAAGUUUAAAAAAAUUAUGAAUUCUUAUAAUAUUAAUCAUUACUCAACCUUUUCAACAAAGAAGGCUUCCAUAGUUGAACGAUUUAUUCGAACUUUGAAAUCUAAAUUGUAUAAAGCAUUUAGUUUACAGGGUUAUAACUGGAUAGGCGAUACUCUUAAUAAUGUUAUUUACGAAUACAAUCACACUUAUCAUCGAACUAUUGGUGAAAUUCCAGCCAAUGUUAAUAAUAAAAGUAAAAAACGAAUACUACAGAGAUACCUUAGAUUAGUAAAGAAUGAUAAAGUAAAACGUAAGUUUAAAGUAAGUGAUUAUGUGCGUAUAAGUAAAUACAAAGGUCAUUCAGAAAUAUUUAAAAUUCGAAAAUUACAGAACACGAUUCCAAUCACUUACUUAAUUGAAGAUACAAUUAAAGGUCAACCAAUUUUAGUAGGAUUUUAUGCGCAAGAGCUACGAAAGACCAAAAAUCCAAACAUAUAUUUAGUCCAAAAAGUUUUAAGAAGGAAAGGAAAUAAAGUUUUAGUAAAAUGGCUAGGUUUGUCUUCUAGUGAAAACAGUUGGAUCGAUAAGUCAAAUAUAUUGUAA